AUGAACUUAGAUCGAGAAAGCCAAAUUGUUAUUAUUGGGGACUCAAUAAUCAAACAUAUAAUACCGAAAAAAAUAUCGAGUAGGAAUGUUACGAAAAUAACCUUUCCGGGCAAAACAGCUGAUGAAAUAUCUAACCAAUUAGACCAAAUCAAGUUAAAAUCAACACCGUCCCACAUUAUAAUUCAUGCUGGAACAAACAAUCUGCCUGUUGACACAGCAGAAACCUGUGCUGAAAAAGUUGGGCAAUUAGCUUCUAAAUUAAAAACUAAAUUUCCAACAUCAAGAAUUGGAAUAUCAAGCAUUGUUACCCGGGAAGACUGUGACCUAACAGACAAAAUAAGGAAAACAAAUUCACUAAUUGCCCAAACGUGGUUAAAUCAAGAUUAUGGUUUUAUAAACAAUGAGAACAUUGAUAGGACUGCCUUAAACGGUAGCAAGAUCCACCUAAACGCUAAAGGGUCUGCCUACUUAGCUGUCAAUUUCAUUAAAUUAUUCGAGAAGGCAAUAAAACGACCACCCAAACAAGAACAAGGCAAGGAAACAGUAGGUUUGGUCAGGAUUUUCAGACAAGCCAACUAUUACAACUGGGGAACUUUUUAA